AUGUGUAAACUAAACGAGACUGCAGUCACAAAGUUUCUGCUCCGUGGUUUUGAAAAUACCUACAUCAUUAACAUUCUACUGUUCAACUUUGUUCUUCUGGUUUAUAUUGCCAUUUUAUUUGGAAAUAUACUCAUUAUCUUUUUGGUGUCUGCAAAUCAACUCCUUCAUGUCCCCAUGUACAUUUUUCUUAAACAUUUGGCUUUGGCAGACCUGUUAUUUACCACCAACAUUAUACCAAACAUGUUAUAUAUCAUAUUACAAGAAGGUGGUAUGGUAACUCUCCAGGGCUGUUUUAUUCAAUACUAUUUUCAUAGCCUUGCACUUUUCACCCAGUCUUUAAUUCUUACAACAAUGUCAUUUGAUCGGUAUUUAGCCAUUUGUCAGCCACUGCGCUAUUCUGCAUUGAUGGACUAUAGGAUGUGUUUCAGCUUGAUCUUCUUCUCCUGGGCUACUGGUUUUAUUCUAAUUCCAAGUGAAAUAGCUUUUUUGUUCCAGCUGAGGUUCUGUGGUUCCAACAUCAUUAACCAUUUCUUCUGUGAUAUUGCUCCUAUCCUACAUAUUUCAUCUUCAGAUGUCACAUUUGUAAUGUGGGAGGACUUUGCUUUUGCCAUAUUGGUCAUCUUUCUGCCCUUUGUAUUAAUCUGUAUAUCUUACAUGUGUAUAUUUUACACCAUUUUCAAAAUUACUUCCUCAACAGGAAGAAAAAAAAGCUUUUUCCACUUGCAGUUCCCAUUUGAUUACCGUCUUUACAUAUUAUGGAACAUUAAUAGCCAUAUAUAUGGUUCCAGCUGGAGAAAGCAACCUUGA